ACUCCGGGAUGGAGGAGCCCGGGAGCUACUUGGGCUCGGGCUCAGAGGGGCGGUGGCGCCUGCAGGAUUCCCAGGAGCCAUGUUGUCAGAAGUCCUGCUGGUGUCUGCUCCGGGGAAAGUCAUCCUUCAUGGAGAACAUGCCGUCGUCCAUGGCAAGGUAGCACUGGCUGUGGCCUUGAACUUGAGAACAUUCCUCCGGCUUCAACCCCACAGCAAUGGGAAAGUGGGCCUUAAAUUACCAAACAUUGGUAUUAAGCGGGCCUGGGAUGUGGCUAAGCUUCAGCAGCUGGACACAAGCUUUCUGGAACAAGGUGACGUCCCAAUGCCCAUCCCAGAGCAAGUGGAGAAGCUGAAGGAAGUGGCAGGCUUUUCCGAGGACUGUGCUGCCACUGAGCGCCUGGCCGUGCUGGCCUUCCUUUACUUAUACCUGUCCAUCUGCCGGAAGCAGAGGGCCCUGCCGAGCCUGGACAUCGUAGUGUGGUCAGAGCUGCCCACCGGUGCAGGCUUGGGCUCCAGUGCCGCCUACUCAGUGUGUUUGGCAGCCGCCCUCCUGACCACAUGUGAGGAGAUCCCAAACCCGCUAAAGGACAGGGAUUGCAUCAGCAGGUGGACCGAGGAGGAUUUGGAAUUCAUUAACAAGUGGGCCUACCAGGGAGAGAGGGUGAUUCACGGGAACCCCUCUGGUGUGGACAAUGCUGUCAGCACCUGGGGAGGAGCGCUCCGGUACCAACAAGGGAAGAUCUCAUCCUUAAAGAGGCCACUGGCUCUUCAGAUCCUGCUGACCAACACCAACGUCCCUCGCAGCACCAAGGCCCUUGUGGCUGGCGUCAGGAACAGGCUGAUCAAGUUCCCAGAGAUCGUGGCCCCCCUCCUGACCUCGAUAAGUGCCAUUUCCCUGGAGUGUGAGCGCGUGCUGUCAGAGAUGGUUGCAGCCCCGGCCCUGGAGCAGUACCUCGUGCUGGAAGAGCUCAUCGACAUGAACCAGCAUCAUCUGAAUGCUCUCGGUGUGGGCCAUGCCUCUCUGGACCAGCUCUGUCAGGUGACCAGAGCCCAUGGACUGCACAGCAAGCUCACUGGCGCAGGCGGAGGUGGCUGCGGUAUCACUCUCCUCAAGCCAGAUCUGGAGCAGUCAGAGGUGGAGGCUGUGAAGCAGGCCCUGACCAGCUGUGGGUUUGACUGCUGGGAAACCAGCAUUGGUGCCCCUGGAGUCUCCAUCCACUCAGCCACCUCCCUGGACAGCUAUGUCCAGCAAGCCCUGGAUGGCCUCUAAGAUGAGCCUACAUCGCUGCAGCCCCACAAAGGAGCCCCUUCCUGGAUUGUUCUGUGGGCAGGAGUUGGCCUCUGUGCUGGCCAGCGGGCGCGCAACUCCCAACACUGAUAGAGAGGCCCCCAGCCCCUCUGUAACACCCUUCCUGCUGACUGUGCCCCUCUAUCCCCAGGAGUGGGACCCCAGAGUCUGCCCUGAAAUGGGCUGCCAGGGAGACACUGCGUUCUGCAUUCUCUCAAGCAGCCAGGCAGUGAGACCAUCUGGGGUCCUCUGAAGCUUCAGAUCCGAGACAUGAGGGGCUUCUGUGUCCUCCCUGAAGCUCCCGCACACCCAUCUGCUUUGGGCCUCUGCCUUCACCUUCAAACUCCCUGGCCAGGUGGGAUGUGGCAUGCUGGAUGCCGGGAGCAGAUCUGGUUCCUGGAGCAGUGUGCCUCCCCUCUCCUGCUGCCUCUACACUUCCACCUGUCUCCAAGGGCCCAGGGCCCUCCCACCUCCUCCAGGAAGCCUUCCUGACCCCUGGCAGGCCCACCCUUGUUCCCUCUCCCUUCUGUCUAAAUUGUUCAGCACUUUGCAUGGCCAGCCCGUCUCUUCAGCUAGACUGGUCUCCCCCAGCGGGUACCCAGGUGGUGGUCUUUGCUUACUGUGUCCUGGCCUGAGGGUAGGUGUAAUGAAAGCAGAGUCGAUGAGCAAUCUCUUCCACUCUGUAUCUGAGGGGUUUGCCAAACAGAUGGCAAAAGGGGAAUAAAAAGAUCUUGAAUAAA